GUUCAUGUGAAUAAACCAUUCAUGUGGGUCUGUCUCGUUCAUCGGUCCCUCAAACCCCAACCCCAACCCCAACACCAGCAGCGCCACGAUGGAUGCAAACAUACAAAAGGAAAUGAUGAAUAUUAAAGGGGCGAUCAAAGGCCGCACGCAACGUCGUAAGGUCGAUCAAGACAUACACCGUACGGCCGCACACACCAUUCAUUCAUCCUUAUCUGUCAGUCGACAGAUUCAUUUCGCUCAGACAGACCCCCACACUCAUCGCCCGCCACACCGUGUCGAUUGUGAGGGACAUCGCGGCGGAUUACUACGCAGCCAGCGAGCCUCAGAACCAGUGUGCCGCUACCACACUUCGGCAAGAGGAGGUCCCGCCCCCCGGCUCGGCAAGUCCGCCAAAAAAGGGUUCUCACGCACACUCCCCUCCCUCCCUCCCCUACACGCCUGGUUCUAUCGCCCUACGUGGUCACUUGGCUAAGCAGCCGCCUGGCCACCGCCCCCUUGGGCCCCUGCCGGUUGCUGGCCCGAACCCGUCUCGUUAUCGCUGUCGUCGUCUAUGACUAUCGCUCGUGAUGCAUCGUCGGCCGGCGGGGGAGCGGCGGGAGCAGCUGCCGGUGGCUGUGGCUGAGCCGCGGCAGCAGCUGCUGGCUGUGGUGCCUGUGGCUGGCUGGCCGCGUCUGCGUCUUCUGCUUCUAGGUCGAUCAAAGGGAUGGGGCCGCCGACAGCCGGGGCGCUGGGGGGUCCUUGAUUCUGCGCUUGUGCAGCUGCACCACCACCAGUCGCCCUCGCGCCUCCCUGAUGGUUUGCCGAUCCAUGCCCAGCCGCAGCAGCAGCUGCUCCCGCAGCUGGGCAUUGGUCGUCUCCUGCUUGGAAGGAGUUGCGUGGUCGCAUGUGUCCGGUGAUGCGGCACUCGCUGUCGCCCUCCUGCGGAGCCCGGAUGUAGCGAAGCGUGCCGUCGUAGGCGAUCACAUUGCCGCUCACUGACACGCCCCCCACCAAGUCGAUGGCGUCCAGAUGGCCCAGCCGACGGUCGUGCGCAUCGUUGGCACCUACACACAGGCAUGCAUCACAGACAGACACAGGUACAUGGCUGGCUGCCUCUGUCGUCCCUCCCGUCUUGUCCAUGAAUGGGUGUGUGGUCGCUCACCGAGGUCGCAUGAGACCCUCAGGUCGAUCGGGGCAGGCGGCUCCACAGACACCAAACCACCUCCCCGGCCACGUCCCCUUCCUCCCCCCCUGCCCCUGAUUCGGGGGCCUCGAACCACCACUGAUGGCCCCUGCACGCGAUAUGGCGCCGGGGGGGUGGACGAGGGAGACUCCGGCUCUCCCUGGCCGUUCUGCUGCUGCUGCUGCUGCUGUUGCUGCUGCUGUGGCAUCGGGGUUUGGGGUAGCGGCGGUGGGGCUGGCGCGUUCGGCGCAUUGUUGUUGUCGGGCGUCGGAGGUGGCUGUGGAGGCGAGUAGGCCUCGUCUGUGACUGGGGGUGUGUGAGCUGGCGACUCCUGUCGCCCUUGCUGCCCGUCUGUGUCGACCUGCAUCGGUGUUGCCGGCUCAGGUGCCCCUCCAUCUGCACCUUGUCGUGGCUGCAUCUCUGCGUCAUUGCCACGGGGAGGGGAGUUGCCGUCACCUGACCACACACACCACACCACACCACACACCAAGCGUCACUCACAUCAUGACAUGACGUUGGCUGUGAUUCAUGUGUGGGCGUGGCAUGGCAUUCACGUACCUACCGGGUGGAUGUGGCGGCGGGCCAGGGCCCGCAGGAGGCCCGUGCGGCCCCAGAUACCCCGGGUACCCAUAGCCGUAGGGAUAGCCAUAGGGUGGCGGGUAGCCGUAUGGUGGAGGGGCGUGCGGGUAUCCGUAUGGGCUGUUGCCGGGUGGUGGGGGCGGCAUGUAUGGAGGUGGGUGGGGGUAGAGGACAUACGGUGGGGGAGGGUGGGGGAAGGGGUGGGGGUAUGGUGGAGGCCAAGACGGGGGCAUGGCCGCAGCGGCAGCAGCGGCAGCCGGCUCGUCACGCUUUCUCUCCUCCUCCUUCUCGACGUCGCUCAUCUCGUCGCCCCCCUCCGUCUUGCGCCGCUUCUCCCUUUCCUCCCUCUCGUCGUCUUGCUUGGACGGCUGAGACCUCUUCGGUGGUCGGUCGUCAACGUCGACAAGCCCACCUGAGCUGGGGGGAAGAGACGGCAGCCCCGCUGCAGCAGCAGCCGCGGCUGCCGCGGCAGCUUCUGGUUCGGCAACCCCAGCUGCCGGGGCGAACGUGCGAUCGUGGUGCUCGGUGCCGAUGGUGCCGCGACAGUUCUCCUCGCCGCAAUCUGAUGAUGAUGGAUGGACGAGAUGAAGGGAGACACAAGUCAUGUGUGUGUGUGGUUCUGAUUGCGUGUGUUUGGUGCAGUGCAUUGGGUGUGUGCUGUGCUGUGCUGUGCCCUUACAGCAGGGGAUGUCCGAGUACGCCAGGCCAUAAUCUGAUUAUCGCCAUGCACGACGAACAAACACACCAAGCCAUGUGAUGGCGGAGAAGGCUCUCUCUCUCUGUGUGUGUGUGUGUGUGUGUGUGGCGGGUACCUACCGAUCGUGAUAGGGUCUCCGUGUGCGACCUCACGGAUGGUCUGGAGGACGAGCGGCGCGUGGCCCUCGGUGCCGCGCCACAGCACCGACACCUGGCAGUUGGGCCGGCACGAAUGGUUGACGAAACGCGACACGUUGCCGAACCACUGCACACACACACACACACACAGCCACAGUGGCAAGGGACAGAAAGCAAUCACGUGAGCGAGACGAUGGACAAUGGACAAUGCACAAUAGCUGGUCGUCUCCCUGACUAACCUCACCGUGGCAUCGAUGUGUGGGUGGUCAUCGGGAGAGUCCUCCUCUCUCCCACGCCUCAGCGGGCAUCCUUGCUGCUGCUGCUGUGCGUUGUCAUCGUCGUUGCCACCGUUGGCAUGGUCGAUGUCGUCAUCGUCGUCGUCUCUCUCCCAGUACUCCAUGAUGUAGUUGUGCACGUCGCCGUGGCGCUUGGCCACCUCAGACCGCACAUUGUUCUCGAUGAGAUUGAUGCGCUCGCCGGCGUAACACAUCACCACACCGUGGGGCGGGAUGGGCGGCACCGACUGAUGACACACACACACACACAGAGGGAGAGGAGGAGGGGGAGGUGUGCAUGUGACAAGUGUGUGUGUGUGUCGGGAUGUCUGUGUGUGUGUGUGUGUGUGUGUGGUUGGGUGCUUACGAGCGAGUAGCACUCGAAGCCUCGCUCGUCCGUCCACCGCACACCCAUGGGAUACCGCACACCAUCCCUUGGAAACGUCCUAAUCCGCCCACACACAAAACACACACAAACCGCUCACACAGAGUGACCACCAUACCCACACCCACAGAGCGACUCCCCGUCCUGACCGACCUGUUAGUGCAGGUGCUGGCCAGGCAGCCGCACCGCUCCCCGCAGCAGUCGCCAGGGAAGGCGUGCUCGUCACCGUCAUAGCUGCCGAGGCAGUACCGCACCCCGUCCUUCUCCACUGCCCAGCACCGCACCACCUCCUUGUGCUUGAUGCAGCCCGCGAUCAGACGCCACCCGUUGUGCACCCUCAUGUGGAGGUCAGAGGCGUCGUUGGCCAUCCACCCGUCCACCGACGCGUCGAUGUCGCUGCUGGCGCGGUGGUUGGCGAAAGCUGCUGGGGUGGCGAGCAGGGGCGUCUUGCUGCUGUCGAAAUCCCGUGGGCGGCCCUGAGAGAGAGACAGGGAGAGACAGACAGAGAGAGAGAGAGAGAGAGGGCACGUGUGUGUGCCUGUGUUUGGUAGCAGGGUCAGCUUGCCAUGGUUUGGAUGAUGCGGUAGUACUGUGCGAUGACUCUGUUGAUGUCGCCGCCUGGCGUGACGCCUCGCGCGUUGGGCGGCGGGUCGUUCUGGUGGUAGGUGUCCCUGAUGUACUUGAUGCGCAGCUGCAGGAGCGUCCGGGCGGCGUCGCGACCCUCCUCGGGGGCACACCCGCUGCAGAUGCCUCGCAAAUGGUCUGAUCCGAGGGCGACAGAGAGGAGAUGGAUGGAUCGGCGUGUUGGUGUGGUUUGUGUGUGCUGCGCACCGUUGUCGGUCAUGCUCCAGGCCACCAUGUGUUUGACGUAGCAGAAGUUGUAGGGCGAGUGGCGCAUCGACCCACCACUGCCAGCAGCACCAGCCCCCAUGUCAACUGACAACAAGAGCACCGACCGACACAAACAAACAUGCAUUCAGGCGUCUGGCGGCCUUCUCCUGUCGUGUGUGAAUGUGCGGACUGACCAGGGACGGGGAACGGCUCUUUGCCGCCCGACAGGUCUUUGGACGGAUCAAACUCCCCCGCACGGUAAGGCGGGUCCAGCACGAUACUCAACGUCACCCUGCACCACACCACACACCACACACAAACCACGCCACUGACAAUCCCGCCACGCCAUCGCUCUCUCUGCUUGGCGUACGUCCUCGGCUGCAUGUCGCCGUUGCUGCCACCAUUGUCGUUUCUAGCAGCAGCCGCCGCCCGUGGUGAGCUCUUGUUGCGGCCGUUGCCCCGGCGUCCCCUGGGCGGCCUGCCGCGGCCACGAUGGGUGCCGCUGUGGGGAGAGAAGGGGUCCGUGUGACGCGAGGGGGCGACGAAACGGAAGAACGGCAUCGACAGGAAGUUGCGGGGAAUCGACAGCAGCUGAGGGAGGGAGAAUGGGACAGAGCAAGUAGGUUGUUGAUCAAGGGGGGAUGGUACUGCCUGCCUGCUGGUGUAGCUGUGCACACCACACCCACCCACCCACCCACCUCUGUGCUUCCCGCGUUGUCGAUCCGCAGCUGAAAUGGCAGGAACUCGGGCGUGCCCUCAUCAGACGACCAGGCCACGUUCUCCGCCACACACAACUAAACACAUCCACACACACACACACACACAGAGAGAGAGAGAGAGAUCCCCCCGCACCUUCACACACCCCUCGCCCCCAUCCCCCGUCCGUCCACACCUUAUCGAGGUUCUCCAUCACGUCAGCGAACGUGUCGAGUGGGUCGACCUCCAGCGACAGCCUGCGCGCGUAGCUGCCGGACCAUGACGACUCGGUCUCGUCAAACUCGCCUUGGCUGCGACUGCGACUGCCGCCGGGGCCGCCGCUGCUGUUUUGCCGCUCGAGUGUGAGGGUAAGUGCGCCGGGGAGGUCCAGCGGGAUCUCUCGCGUCAUCUUGUUGGGCGAAGGUGGGCCGGGGCCAUUGGUGGGGACCCGGGCCUUGCGCAAGUGCUUCAAAUACCUGACGGACAGACACAGAGAGGCGUCACGUCACACACACAGCACAGCCCAGCGGUCUCUCGUGAACAUGGGUCGUGUGUUGUGGUGUGGUGUGUUGUGUUGCCUUAUCGAAUCGACAGGCAAGGCAUACCAUACCAGUCUGGAAUGUUGCUCUCCUCUAUGUAAGAGAGGAAGCUCUCGUCCGGCGGCUCGGCCUCCUCGUUCUCGGGGAUGCGGUAGCCGCCGUUGCUGUAGGGCUCCGACGGCGGCUCGUCCGAGAAGCGCAGGACGAAGUGCCAACACACCUUGCCGUGGCGGCAAGAGUAGUCGCGCCAGGCGUGCUCCACGAAGUACAAGCCGUCAUACCGAAACCCAUACGACGAACGAUACCUAACACACAUCACAAACACACACACAGACAUCGAAUGCACCGCACCCCUCCGUGUGGUGUGUUGUGGUGUGGUGUGACUCACUUGGAGUGCAGCGAGUGCUUUCGUAUGACGCGGACGGGCUCGUGCUGCUCGUACAUGGUCUGCAGGCCCUGCUCGGCGUCGGCGACGCCGUUGUCGGAGGGGCCGGGGACACACAAGAAGCGGACGCCCCGGUCCACACAAUCGUUGGACACAACGAUGGCCACGGCAUACUUGCCUGAAUGAACCACACACACGCAGGCAGGCAGACAGGCAAACAGAGAGGCAGGGAGGGUGUCCAUGUGGGUGAGUGUGUUGAGAGGAUGACGUAUUCACCUUCAUCGCCCCCCAGAUAGACGCCAUCUCGGUGUAUGGUCUCCCAGUAGACCCGCCCCGACGCCUCGUCGACCUCAUCCAACACACCGCCAAGCAUGCGAAACGCACUCAACUCACCUGCACAACCACAACAUCCAACACACGACACAUGGCGGACGCAUAUACUGUGUUGUGCGCCGCGCCGCGCCGCUUUCCAUGUCUGUCUGUCUCUGUCUGUGUGUGGUGGUCGGGUCGGGUCGCCUACCGACCUACCGUCGCGCAGAAAGUGGAAUCCCGGUGUGAUGGACUUGAGUGUGGGCGUGCCGAGCAUGUCGUCGGCCGUCUGCCACAGCUCAUACCCCGCGUUGUGCAUCACCAGGGCACAGUCCUCGUCAGAGUCACGCUUCAGGCUGCCGCUACUCAACACCUUGACCGUCUCCAACCUUACAAACACACACACACACACACACGCCAUUGCACUGCUCGUGUCGUGUGUGGUUCUUCUCCCUCUCCCCCUCUCCUCUCCUCUCCUCUGUUCUGCAUGUCAUGUGUGGUGUGAACUCACCAGACUCGUCCGACGACCUGCAGCAGGUGUCCCGGCUUGCCCUGCCUCCCCGCCAGCCGCCGCACCUGGCGGAACACCGCCAGUGAGCAGGAGUGGGGCAGAUCCUUGAUACGCUGACGGGCCUCCCGCUCCUUCCUCUCAGCACGCGAUGAUGCCGCCGCCACGUCGCCACGCUGGGCACGAAACGACGCCAGCUGCCGGGCAGUCGGCCCUCCACGGGCCGUACCGCGACUGUCACUCCAAGGUGUUGGUGCUCUUGGGUUGGAGCUGGCUGACGCCCUCCCUCUUGUCCGGCCUCUCGGCGCUCGGUGCUCCCUGCUUCCGCUGGUGCUGCACUGGGAGGGGGCAUCGGAUGAGGAAUUGCUCCUCUGCUGGUCGGGUGGAUCCAUGUUCAUGGAGCCAGACGGCAGAUGCGGGGGAUUGUGACCCUCCUGGGAACCCAUGGCGCCUGUCUGCGGCUGGAGAAUGGGGGAUUUGGGUCGCUCCACUUUUUUUUUGAGCUCGCAGACGAUCAU